CGUUCGUCGUGAAACGUCAAUUUUAUUCAACGUUACAAAAUUAAAAAAAAAACAAAAAUUUAAUAAUAGUUUAAAAAUUUCUAUAGAAAAAAAAAUUGAUUUUUUUUUUUCAAACAAAUAUAAAAAUGACUAAGACAGAAGAAAAUCAACCGUUAAUUAAAGCCGAUUCAACAGCAACUACUAGUUCAGUACCUCGAACAUAUGAUGCAGUUGCAUAUCGGGGCUGUAAUGGAAAUCAACAAGUCGAAACUUAUGGUAAAACUAUUGAAAAUAUAUUACGAAUGGAUCCAGUGGUUUCUUCAAGAACAGAAGUUGAAGUUAUACUGGAUUGUUCGGAUAAAAUUACAUAUACAUGGAGUGAUGUAAAUGUGUACUGUACGGCACGAAAUACUCGAGCUUGGGAUCGUUUUUAUCGCAGAAGAAAACCCGUCGAACAGAAACAUAUAUUGAAGGAUGUAUCAGGAGUAGCAUAUCCAGGUGAAUUACUAGUAAUAAUGGGAUCAUCUGGAGCUGGGAAAACGACACUACUAAAUGCACUGACCUUUAGAUCCGGUGGAGGUAUUACGGUGUCAGGAACGAUGGCUGCAAAUGGUCGGAGAGUGACAUCAAGAGUGCUUACAUCAAGGACUGCAUACGUACAGCAAGAUGAUUUAUUUGUCGGGACUUUAACUGUUGAAGAGCACCUUCUGUUUCAAGCAAUGGUGCGAAUGGAUCGGCAUAUACCCUAUAAACAAAGAGUUGAGAGGGUUAAUGAUGUUAUAUCGGAACUUGCCUUGACAAAGUGCCGAAAGACCAUUAUUGGAGUACCUGGGAGAGUAAAAGGUCUCUCAGGUGGAGAAAUGAAACGGCUUUCUUUUGCGUCUGAAGUUCUUACAAAUCCACCGUUAAUGUUUUGCGAUGAACCUACAUCAGGUCUUGAUUCUUUUAUGGCUCAUCAAGUGGUGUCUGUUUUGAAAGCGCUAGCUGCACAAGGCAAAACAAUAAUUGCUACUCUCCAUCAACCGUCUUCUGAACUAUUUGCUCUUUUUGAUAGAAUAUUACUGAUGGCAGAGGGACGAGUGGCUUUUAUGGGGACCGCUGAACAAGCUUUUACAUUUUUUAAAUCUAUGGGAGCUGUAUGUCCAAGUAAUUACAAUCCCGCAGAUUAUUUUGUUCAGGUUUUAGCGGUAGUUGCGGGACGAGAAGUUGAAUGUAGGCAUACAAUAAAUACUGUGUGUGAUACAUUCCAACGGAGUGAUAAUGGAAUGAAAAUAGCACUUGAGGCUGAAAAUAUUCAGGGUGAAUUUCAAGAUUCAUUGAAGCUUGCAAAGUCUAAUAAGAAAAAAAAUAACAAUAGAUCACCAUUCAAAGCGUCUUGGUGUGAACAAUUUCGAGCCGUUUUAUGGCGAUCGUGGUUAUCUGUUAUCAAAGAACCUAUUCUUAUUAAAGUACGGCUGCUUCAAACUCUAAUGGUUUCACUUUUAAUUGGAAUCAUUUAUUACGGCCAAAAAUUAGAUCAAGACGGUGUAAUGAAUAUUAAUGGUGCACUAUUUAUUUUUCUUACAAAUAUGACUUUUCAAAAUGUUUUUGCAGUAAUUACGGUUUUCUGUGCAGAACUUCCUAUAUUCUUACGCGAACAUCGUAACGGAAUGUAUAGGACUGAAAUAUAUUUUAUUUGUAAAACACUAGCAGAAGCACCUAUUUUUAUAGCUGUACCAUUGCUAUUUACGUCAAUUGUUUACCCAUUGAUUGGAUUAUAUCCAGGAGUUGAUCACUUUUUGAUAACAGCUGGUGUUAUGACACUUGUAGCUAAUGUUGCUACUUCCUUUGGAUACUUCAUUUCUUGUGUAAGUACCAAUAUUUCAAUGGCUUUAUCAAUUGGACCACCAGUUAUUAUUCCAUUUUUACUUUUCGGAGGUUUUUUCUUAAACACCGCAUCUGUACCAUCAUACUUUGAGUGGUUCUCAUUUCUCUCAUGGUUUCGUUAUGGUAACGAGGCACUUCUAAUAAACCAGUGGUCUGAGGUUGAAACGAUUGCUUGCACACGGAGUAACGCAACUUGCCCUAAAAGUGGUCUUAUGGUUCUGCAAACAUACAACUUUGAUGAGAAAGAUUUUUGGGUUGAUAUCACCGGUCUUGUUGUUCUUAUCAUAACUUUCCGGUUUUUGGCGUUUCUUGCCCUCUAUUCAAAAACACUCCGCAGAACAUCGAAGUAAAAAUUUUUUAAAAAGUAGAAAAGUUGUUUUUUGUUUUCUUUUUUUACUAAAAUUUAAUUUUAUGUAAUAUUAUGAUGAAAUAUAUGUAAGUGAAUAUAUAUUUAUUAAAAUAUACCUAAAUAAAAAUUUUAUAAAUUUUCUAU